AUGGGUAAAGUCUUGCAGAAGAAGAAGGCCCGUUCCGGGCGCUCCACGGCGCGUGCCAAGGACAACCGUCUCAAGAGCGGCCACAAGAAGAUCAAUGUCCUGGGCAAUCAGAUCAUCGCCGACAACUGGGAUCGCAACCUGACCUUGACCCAAAACUACCAACGUCUGGGUUUGAUGCACAAGCUGAACGCACCUUCUGGAGGUCGUGAGCGCCUCCCCGGAAAAGACGAACAAUACCCCGAGAACAAGAACUCCCUCCACAUCCGCGGUAGCGCCAAAGCCGACGCUGCCAAGGUCGACCUGGGCUCAACCCGUGUCGAGCGUGACCCCGAGACUGGUGCGAUUCUCCGUGUCAUCCACGACGAUGACGAUGACCAUGUCGAAGUUGCUGGUCGUCGGAUCUCGCGCAAAAACCCCCUCAACGACCCUCUGAAUGCCAUCGAAACCGGCGAUAUUGAAAGCAACCCUCUCGCGGACUCGAUCAUCGUGCAGCAGCUCGAGCGCCAGGCUGAUCAGGAGGGAAAGACGGUUCGGGCGAAGAAGCCUCGGUUCCAGAGCACCCGUGAGGGCGAAUGGGCCCAGCGUCUGGUUGAGAAGCACGGAGAAGACUACACAGCCAUGGCCCGUGACCGCAAGUUGAACCCGAUGCAGCAGAGUGUUGGUGACUUGCGGAGGAGAAUCCAGAAGUGGAAGAAGAGUCAAUAG